AUGAUAAGUCAAUCUACACUACCUAGAUAUCUAAAACCAUUACUUGCAAUACUAUCAUUAUUAAUACUUUACUCAUUAUAUUUAAAUCAUAAUCCUCAAACUUCAAUUGAUAUUAUUGAAUUAAAUAAUCAAAAGGAUAAACAAUUACCUAAAUUAAACUAUGAUAAAUACAAAGAUAUUGAAACUGGAGAAGCUGAUUCAAUAUUUUUAACAAGUUUAGAUAAAAAAACCAAACAAUGUCCAGAUUAUGUCACAUAUUCACAAACUAGACAUCCACCAUAUUCAUCAGGUAAAUAUAAAUAUCCUUAUAUGAGACCAGCACCAAAAUGUAGAACAUUUACAUCGAAAGCUGUUGAAAAUUUAAUAGAUGAUUUAAAAUUAAAAAUUAAAGAUCCUGAUUUAGCAAGAUUAGUUGAAAAUUGUUUACCAAAUACUUUAGAUACUACUAUUUUAUGGCAUAAAUCAAAAAAAGAUAAAACAAAUUUUCAUAAAGAUUUAACAUAUCCUCAAACAUUUGUUGUUACUGGUGAUAUUCAUGCAGAAUGGUUAAGAGAUUCAGCUAGACAAUUAUCAUUAUAUCAAAAAUUAAUUAAAUAUGAUUCAAAAUUACAAAAUUUAAUUUUAGGAGCUAUAAAUACUCAAGCUUAUUAUGUUAAUAAUUCACCAUAUUGUAAUGCAUUUCAUCCUCCACCUGGAUCAGGUAUAAAAAAGGGAGAUACAGCUUUUGAUAAUGUUCAACCAAGACCAGAUUGGAGAAGAGUAUUUGAAUGUAAAUAUGAAAUAGAUUCAUUAGCUUCAUUUUUAACAUUAACAAAUGAAUAUUUUAUUAAUAGUGGUGAUUUAUCUUUUCUUAAUUCAAUUUGGUUUGAUGCUUAUGAAAAAUUAUUAAUUGUAUUAAGAAGAGAAAGUGAACCAACAUUUGAUGAAGAAACUGGUCAAGCUUUACAAUAUUAUUAUUUAUUUCAAAGAAAUACAAAUAGUGGAUCAGAAACUUUACCCUUGGGUGGUGUUGGGAAUCCAGUAAAUUAUGGAACAGGAUUAAUUAGAAGUGCUUUUAGACCAAGUGAUGAUUCAUGUAUUUUACAAUUUUUUAUACCAGGAAAUAUUCAUAUGUUAACAGAAUUAAAAAAUAUUAGAAAAAAUUUCCUUAAUGAAAAAAUUUUAAAAAAAUUUGAUGAUAAUGCUCAAUUAAAAUCAGAAAUUCAAAUUUUAAUUAAAAAAACUGAUUUUUUUAUAAAUUCUAUUUCAAAUGGUAUUGAAAAAUUUGGAAUUGUUAAUCAUCCAAAAUAUGGUAAAGUUUUUGCAUAUGAAGUAGAUGGUUAUGGAAGUGCUAUAUUUAUGGAUGAUGCAAAUGUUCCAUCAUUAUUAGCUCUCCCUGAUUUGGGUUUCACAACAAUUGAUCAUGAAAUAUAUCGAAAUACAAGAAAAAUGAUAUUAUCAAAAGAUGGUAAUCCAUAUUAUUUAAAAGGAAAAUAUUUUGAAGGUAUAGGAGGACCUCAUGUUGGUAUAAGAAAUGCUUGGCCAAUGUCAUUAUUAAUUAGAAUUAGAACUUCGAAUAAUGAUGAAGAAAUUUUACAAGCUUUAAAUUUGAUUAUGGAAACAACGGGAGAUUUAGGACUUAUUCAUGAAAGUAUUAAUGUUAAUUCUAAAUAUGGAAUGGAUUUUACUAGACUGUGGUUUUCUUGGGCAAAUAGUGAAUUUUCCAAAACUAUAUUAUAUUUAGCUGAACAAAAACCACAUCUUAUUUUUAAAGAUGAAUUUAAAAGUAUAAGGUAUGAUAUAGAUAAAGUUCUAUCUAGUCAACCAAUUGAAUAA